CAAUUUUGACCUUUUCCAGGAAAGUUCAAAAUUUUCCUGGAAAACCCUCUCGUUCAUUUGAAGCCCAUUUUCCCUAAACCUAUGAACCCCACUUCAUAAUUCCUAUAAAGUCUACAUCAACAGGAAGGGGAAAAAAUAAUAAGUAAUCCAAUUUUGGUUCUAAGGUCGUGCUUGUAUCAUGGGGCAAGGGCAGUCCAAGAGCGAAUUGCUCUAUCAGCAGGUCAGUUAUGGGAACAUAGAAGGAAUCAAAGCCCUUCACAGAGAUGGUGCAGGCCUCGAGUGGAUAGACAGAGAAGGAAAAACCCCCUUGAUUGUUGCAUGCAUGAAUCCUGAGCUUUAUAAUGUUGCCAAAACUUUGAUAGAACUUGGAGCCAAUGUCAAUGCAUACCGUCCAGGUCGUCAUGCGGGGACUCCAUUGCAUCAUGCUGCUAAACGGGGGCUUGAAAGUAUUGUUAAGUUACUUCUUUUGCAUGGAGCAAAUCCUUUGAUCUUGAAUGAUGAUUGUCAAACUGCUCUUGAGGUCGCCAGGGCCAAAGGACACAGCAAUGUUGUUAGGGCAAUUGAGAGUCAUCUAUGCUUGUUCUGUGGUUGGAUGCGAGAAUUUCAUGGACCUGGCUUUCUAGAAGUAGUAGCUCCUCAGUUGGUAUCUAGAAGAGUUUGGGUGGUUGUUUUACCAGUUGGCUCCCGCAAUCCUACCAGACCUUACAAGUUGGAGCUUGCUUUAUAUUCUACUUUGCAGGAUGGACAACCACGAACACUAAUUCCUCUGUGGAGGGCCAAUUUAGAAGAACCAAAGCUUCACCAGUCUGACCCAUCCGUGACAAUUGCUGAUAUGACUUCCCGAACACGGGUUAAACUUGCACCUGCAAAAGAGAAUGACAGGCACCAACUUGCAUUGUUUUCUAAUGCUUGCAAAGGGAUUCCACAGGCAAGUCCAGCAUUUUUGCAAAGUAAUGUGCCUCCGGCCACAGCACCACCAUCUACAGAAGGCGAAGGCGAAGACGCAGAGCUGGCUAUGGCCAUCAGUGCAUCUCUUCAGCAGGCCAUUCAGGAGAGACCACCUUUUCCAGCUGCCCAACCAAACUUCGAAGCAAGCUCUUCAAGCAGCGGUGCAAACAGAAGCAAACUUGGUUUUCUAGGCACCCAAAAUCCAAACACAAGUGAAAGCGAGCCUGUACAGGAAGUCCAUGAAAAUGCCUCUGCUGGACAUGCUGCCAGCAGUCUUGAUUUCGAUCCAUCAGCUCCACCAGCCCCUCCAGCUGCCGAUGAUGAUAUUCCGGUGGACGGCCCCAUUCAAUACCCUUCAAUUGACAUAAGCCCUGUGGACAUGUCAUCGCCAGUUGUUGAGAACCUACCGAAAGAUGAAGAAGGAAAACAUGCCGGAGGAAGCGGCUCAUCAUGUGUGAUAUGUCUGGAUGCACCGGCAGAGGGGGCAUGCAUACCAUGUGGUCACGUGGCCGGAUGCAUGUCGUGCUUGAAUGAGGUCAAGACAAAGAAAUGGGGUUGCCCGGUGUGUCGAGCGAAAAUAGACCAGGUCAUAAAGCUGUACCAUGUUUGAUACAAGCAUGCAAUGUUUCUCUGAUGAAAAAAGUGGAAAAUGCACAUUCAGUUUGAAAAUUUGCUUGGAGCUAGAACUGAAAAUGACAAACAGAAAAGAAAAUGUUAGAUAGAAAGUAAACAGGGAGGGGGACCAGGGUCCACAUCCACAUGGGACUUUGUUUGCAUAUAAGAUUGCUUUCAAUUCAAUGGAUUUGUUGGGUUAAAUUUUUUACUCUUGGUAUCUCAAAUGUGAAAGUGAAACUUAGUGGAAGUUACAGGGUCUAAAAAUACACUACUUUGAUUUACAUGUGAGAGUGAAAAAUGUUUGUAUAGUGAUCUUCAGGAUUCCUGGGAUUUGUAGCAUAUUUAUUUCUUCACUGGUUAGGUUUCUGUUGCA